ACAACCCCUAUGUACAAGAAUCCCCGCCCAGAGCGAGAGCGACGGCCGGACAUUCCUACGAUGACAGCAGAAACCCGUACGCCAACGACACACAACGCUCUCAUCCUGAGGACCUGCCGUACGAGCGGUUUUCUGGAUCUUUCCAUCAGCAGCCUCCCCCUCCUAAUCCUCACCGGGGUUCGAACAUUUACCAACGGGUGAUCAACGCAGACAGUCGGCCAAUGUCCAGUGGGUAUCAUCAGCCGGAUGAACAGAUGUGAAGUGAACCUCCUGUUGUGGUGUUCCCUCGGACCAGAUAAUCCCUCUGUGUACAGACUUACUGCCGGCUCGUUGACACACUCGCGGACAAGAUAACAUUACUGUUGUCAUCUACUGAUGGACAUUUCAAACGUCAAUGUUGUCAUCAACUGAUGGACAUUUCAAAGGUCAAUGUUGGGGCUACACACUUGUUUCAUCCUCCUCUUCCAGUUGUAGACUAGAUCUGUAUACAUGUAUAGCCUGUUCACUUUCCUCUGUCUGCACUAACAAAAUGAUGGCUUAUACAGAGAGUGGGGAGAUAAAACAGAACAAUUCGUUUUUACCUUGUUUCAACCAUAGUCAGACGCAAGUGAACAAGCUGUUAUUUAUCUUAUUCCACAUGUAUCUGGUAAGAGGAGCCAUCAUUUGGCCGACUUUGGUGAUGCUGAUGUGUUCAACGAAUGAGCAAUUAACAAUGAUCUCUGUUCAGACCGAUGGAUUCAUAUUAAAUGUAAUAUUCUUUUCACACAUUUCAAAAAAUAAAACCAACAAACUUUGAGGGUUUAUGCAUCAGUAGAAGUACUAAAUCUAGUCUGGGGUCCAAAAUGGUUCUCUCAGUUUAGGUUUUUGUUAUAUUUUGGCACAUUUUUAGAGAGGUCCCUCAAAUAUCAGGGAAAAACAGACUUAGUAAGUGUUACGUCAUUGGCAACACAAAGAUGUCAUUAAUGUACGUUCCGAGGGCUACAGGCGUUAUUGUUUUACUAGAUAGGCUAGAUCUAGAUCUAGUCAUAGACAAGAUAUAAUUAUUUUACUAGAUAGGCUAGAUCUAGAUCUAGUCAUAGACAAGAUAUAAGAAAAGGAAGAAAACCAUCCUGUCGCACUUUUGUUGAUUCAGUGGAACAACCGCUGUAUACACGCGGACACACGGGCAGGAGUACUCCAGGCGUUACUAUUUGGAACAACCGCUGUAUACACGCGGACACACGGGCAGGAGUACUCCAGGCGUUACGGUGACCCUGUGUACAGUACAAUAUCACCUUGGUAUUAUAAUAAACUUGUGUAUAGCUAACCUAACACUAGAAAUGUUGACAAUUAUUGGUCAUUUGUUUGCGUGUGACUGUGAGUUUGUUUGUCUGUGCAAGCAUAGAUCUAUUCUUUCAUUUAUUUUGAUUAGGUGUGUGGAGGAGAGGAUGUGUGAGAGAGAGAGAGAG